AUGUUUAGACCAACGGGGUCGAUGUCCAACCAUCGCAACAGAAGACAUGAAAGCCAACAAACCUCCCCAGAAAUGGAAAGCGCCAUCGGUUAUCACCAUGCACAACAGCCAUCGAUUUAUGCAGUACAAUCUGAUGGGCUUUUUGAUCUGUUCGUUGCUAAGCACACGGUGGAUUUCUCUUUGAAACGUCAGUUACUCUCAAGAAAUGGUUUUAUGAUUCCUUGGGAGAAAUUCUCUCAAUUGUCUUGCUCAGUUGUUGGCCAGAAAAAGGUGCGUAAUUAUCAUUGUUUACGUGAUUUUUGAGUCAGAGAUGGCUGGUCUGUGCUUAUUAGACUGUUAUAAUCUGGAACUUAUCAUAGAAUAGCCAAGGACUAAAAAAGUCCUUUUUGUAAUCUUUAUUAUCUUUGUAUAUGAUCAUCGGCCAUGAAGCGCUCUGCUGAUGAUAGCAGAUAGUCUCUCUGACUUUGUCUGUAUCUGUGCCCCCACUCCUUAAACCCCAUUAUUAGAAAAAAAUAGUAAAAUUUUAUAAUUUUCAUGUUUGACAAAAUGAGAUCGAGUCUUAAUUUUGGUGCCCUAUGAUUUCUGCAGACAGACAAAAUUCAGAUGGUGGGGGGUGGAGGGGACUGCCAACAGCUCCCUCCCCACUCCUAAACUUUUUUCAGGGAGCCUUUGCUGGUAGGAAAGCCACAGAGUUACUACUGGGUCGAACCAAGUCCCUUGGUCGUACCUCCCCCAUCUGCAAAUGCCACAAAUGAUUAAAUCAUUCUAAGGGACUCCAAGAAUUAUAAAGAUUAAUUGUGACCUGAUAGUUUGAUCUAUAAUUUAUGAAAACUCAAGAAAGUAAUCAUUGGUUUUCGUUUUGUACACCUACAGAAUUUCAAUCCACAAGGGAAGUGCCCACAGAAAGAGAAAUUUUCUAUGAAUGGCCACACACAGAAGUAAGUGUACCACCAGUUGACUUCUUUUUUCCUAAUGAUAGCACCAACACAAGUUUCCUUUGCAUAUAUUUAGAAGAAAUCCAAACUGACUGUAAAUCUUUUCUUUGUCUUUUAGACUCAUCUGCCCACUUUGUGGUCACACCCUACAUGUAAGCCAGACUCCUGAACUGUAA